UUAGCUGCGCCAUCUAUUCUGAAAAGCAGUUUGAGAGUAGUUCAAAUAUUCCAGUUAUUUGUCACAACAAUAACAAAAAAACUUGGUCGUUCUAAAACGUUUUUGCUUUAGAUGUGAAAUUUAGGACAAUGUCCGAUUUGGUGGCGAAAUGCGUUCUCCGCGUUGAAGUAAAGGAACAAGAAGAAGCUAAUACUCUGCAAGACCCUGACCGCAAACAAAAAGGCAGGGGACAGAGGAAAGCUCGCAACCUACGGGUCGAAACUUUUCCAAGUCGCUUGGAGAGUCCCAGGGAAGAUUGGGGACUUCUGCCCGUGUGCUCUCGGGAACAAACCCCUGUUACAGAGAAAGAUCCACAGGAAAUAGCCCAGGAGCGUGGAGAAAUAGGUUUUUUCAGUGGUAAUCCGUUCGUUGAAAUUACAAAGGGCAUACUACACCUUUAUAAAGAAGAUGUAUUAACAAGUCGCAAAGAUGCUCUAACUCUAUGUUUAUUGGGAGUGCCAUGUUCCAUGACAUGCCACGAUAUGUUAGCUUAUACAGCACCUUGCCAUGCUGAUAUUUCUCAUAUUCGAGUGUUAAGAGACUCAUCACCCAACCAGUAUAUGUGCCUGCUGACGUUUAGAAACCACGAUGCUGCCGUGGAAUUCUAUUUAACCUACAACGGAACGCCAUUUAGCACACUCGAACCUGACAUACUAUGCAGAAUUGUGUGGGUGUCUCAAGUCGAAUGGGCCCACGAUGGUUCAGCUCCUCCCGGACAUACAGAAUUGCCCACGUGUCCAGUAUGUCUGGAACGAAUGGACGAGUCAGUGGACGGUGUGUUAACGAUAUUGUGUAACCACGCUUUCCAUGCCAAUUGUCUCGAACAAUGGGGCGACCUGACGUGCCCCGUGUGUCGUUGCGUGCAAAGCCCUGAACAAGCGGAAACCUCCGAAUGUGAGAGUUGCGGGAAGUCCGCACCAUCUCCGGACGCAUUAUGGAUUUGCUUGAUUUGCGGUCACGUAGGUUGCGGGAGAUAUUUAGGUGGUCAUGCGGCUUCCCAUUAUCGAGAAUCAGGACAUUGCUAUGCUUUGCAACUUGGUUCCCACAGAGUGUGGGACUAUAAAGGGGACAAUUUUGUCCACCGACUUCUGCAAAAUAAAGGUGAUGGCAAGCUGGUGGAAGGGCCACCAUCUGAGGCGGAACAUGCACAGGAAAAGGUUGACUCUGUUCAGCUGGAAUUCACAUAUUUGCUAACUUCUCAGUUGGAUCAGCAAAGGAUGUACUUUGAAAACAAACUAUCAAUGCUGGAAAGCCAGCUAUUGGACGAAACUCAUCACCUAAGGAACAAAAUUGUCACGCUGUCUGACGAAAACAAGCAGCUGCGAACGAAACUUCACACGGCUACGAAAGAAAAACAAGCGCUUGAAAAGAAAAUUCAGCAGCAAAAUUCCAAACUGACUUCAACUUUACAAGAUUUGAGCGAAGAGAAACAGCUCGGGAAAGCGCUGAGGAACAAUCAACAGCAAUGGCAGACGAAAAUGUCUAAAUUAGAACAACAGUUCAAUGAAAUGAAGACGGUGAAAGAUAAUGAAGUGAAGGAGCUUCAGGAGCAAGUGCGAGAUCUUAUGUUUUUUAUCAACGCGCAACAGGUGAUCGAGAAAUCGGGACAAAAAGAAGAGAUAGCUGAAGGUUCAAUAACGAUAGGAGACCCUCCUGAAACGUCGAAAACUAAACGGGGACGGAGACGCAAAUAACUUGUUACUCACUGAUAUUUACGUUUUUUCCGUUAUCUUGAUUUAAAUGUGCGAAUGCUACUAGAAGUAUUUACUCAAUAAAUUAUAGCGCAUCAUACCAAUUAAUCUCUGUUUAUCCCAUUUGUCACAUUAGAUAAACGUUUUUAUUCUCAAACGUAGUAAAUAAAAACAAAAAUUAACAACACAAAGGGCACUGUACGGGCCCAUCCCUUUAAUUUGUUGAGCGACUAUUAAUUACGCUCUACGAUAAUAGUAGCCGUUACUUUUCUAAAUUUUUUCCCGUGAAAC